CCGUCGCUUCUAAGUUGUCGAUUUCGUCGUUUUCUUUCCAAUUCCUCUCAAACCUCGAUUCUGCUCACCGGCAACUUUUCGACCCCAUUCAGUGUCUCACUUCUCUUCAAGGAGAAAAGAGGGGUACCACCGGAGAAGUGGACAAGUCGGCUUCUUUCUCCCGUCCUCCUCCUGUUCGUCGAAUUGACUGAUUCAAGUCUCGCUACUACAAUAGUUCCUAGUUUGUUCAAGAGAAUCUAAGAAAAUUCAACAAAAUUAGCUGCUUCCUGUUGUUCCUAAGAAUGGUUUCUGAUUGGAGUGGUAAGAGAAGUGAUGAAUGCUCCUUUCUUCCCCCUCGCAAAAUCAACGUUCAGAAAUUUUCGGAAGCUCGAGCUGCUGAGCUCGAGUCGCUCCACUCGAUUGUCUCUGAUCGACUGAAUAAGGACUUCCGUUCCAAGAGGAACAAGAGGAGAAGAACCACUUCCUACAAUAACCAGGCUGCUAAGAGACGUUGUAAGAAAAGGAAGAGAUCAGAGUCUUCCUUUGUCCGAGAUAACAAGUCUGAGUCAGGAGACUAUGAAACGAAGCUUCCAAGACGGGUGAGAAGGAGAAUCGAACUUAAAGGGAACCCAGAAACAGGGUUUGGUAAUUCUGGUGAUGGAACAAAGAGGCUGAGAACUCAUGUUUGGCAUGCAAAGCGGUUUACCAUGACCAAGCUUUGGGGUUUCCACCUUCCUCUUGGUUUCCAUGGGAGAGGAAGGGGGUCAAGGGCUAUCUUGAAGCGG